GCAAGGUUUACCAAACUUAUCUCAUUUUUCUGUAACAUCAGUCUAAUGCAUUAAAUGUGUGCCUUUGUGUUGACGCCAACAUUUUAUUGUUGCAGAAUGCUAGGCAUGUUUAUUUGGUAGAAGACUCAAUCAUCGGUUUCCUUCAACUUUCAACAAAAAUCCAGCACUUUCUGUUUACUCAUAGCUAACCACGAUACAAAAUGAGACCCUAACCCUCAACCUAGUAAAAUUGUGUAGCAGCUACAGCUUUAUUAGUCUAGUUCACUGCAAUGUUUAGAUACCAGAAUCAAACUGCUGUCAAAGUCCAGAUGUGGGUCAUAAUUACAUUUUAUCCUCAGUAUUAUACCAUGAUAUCGAAUAUAGAAAGGAGAACAUCCACAACAGUUCAAGAUUCUAUAUCUUCGAUCAUUAUUUCCUUCUUACUGUUCCAGCAUUGAAAAGUAAGCAUUUAAUUGUGAAAAAAAUGUAAACUAACUCCAGUCAUGGGACAAAUCUUUUAUUGAUUUAGCGCUUAUUAGGAGAUGAAAGUUGCUUCUUGGCUUUCUGUCACAACUUAAAAUGUUUCUCAGUGUAGAGUUACCUCAGCGAUCCUGUCAGCCACACAGGGUCAGCAGAGGGCUACCCACCGCAGGAUGCUGUCCAGUCCUCUGUCAGAACUCUGCAAAUCUGUGAACUUGUGGAAAAGUAUCAAGGUCAUGUCAUCAUUUUUUAAGUAAAAUGCAUUAACACUACAUCAUGUUAUCUCCAGCCAUGUAAUGAAAAAGUAAAUUCAGUGCAGUCAUACACACAUUCCAGCUGGUCCUGAUCUGUACUUACUUCAUUCAACAAAAGGUAAGAAGUAUGACUGUUUUGUUUUGUUCAACAUCCUUUUCCUGCUUGACACUUCUUUCCUUAUUUAGUGUUUUUCUGUUUGUUUUCAGGUGCAGUGAAGCCAACAUAAAAGCAGCCUCUAGACAUCAAGUAAGCUAUUUUCUUUUUAUAUUAAGUUCAUAUGCAUAAAUCUAAAGACCCUGUUUGUAUAAUCUUUAUGGAAAUUCCAAACUUGCAAUUUUCACUGGCCUCUCUGUCUUGGAGGAAGAAUGAGUGGUGACUCUUCUGGUUCCAGAAUAAAACUUUUAAUUUGACAGAAUAUAUAAAUCAGUAAUAUAUUAGAGGAGGACACUAUAAGCCAGUCAAAUCCAAAUCACCAAGUAAAAAGUGAGGAAUCACAUUUAAGGCUAAUUAUAUUGAAAGUGGAAGCAUUUUCUCUGGCAAUGUAGCAAAAUCAGACUAAUUUGGGAAUGCAACAGUUGAAACAAAUGUUUAAGAUAUUUUUGCAGUGAAUAUUCAACAUUGUGGAGAUUGGCCUUUCAAACAAGUAAUGAGAUGUAAAACAAUGAUUUUGACCUUACAUAACAUUUUACAAGACUUGUAAAAUGACAGUCCUCUGUGUUCAUAGCUUAACUUUUGCUUUGUGCAACGUAAUGACUGUUUAAAGGGUUUGACGAGAAAAAAGUGUUUGCAUGGACUGCUGUGAAAACUGUGAGAUUGCAAUUUUAACACCUUGUGGUGGAAAAUUACUACAAGUUAACAUCUGCUGAUCAUGUUAUAUGAAAUGCCUGUGAAAUCUCACCAAAAUAACUAUUUGGGUUAGAUGUACAAGGCUGGGAGUUGUUUUCUACAGCUACAUCCAAACCAGACUGUCUCGCACCUUGUUUUGAAUUUCUUAUCCUUGAUAUAAAACUCACGUGUUUCUCUGCCUGGCAGAGCUUUUUAUCCAGACCUGCUUCAUUAUUGAUUGUCCUACAAGCUCUCUGUAUUGUGUGCAAUAUAUGAAUAAGCCUGAUUGAGUGAUUUCACCUGACAGUGCUUGGUAAAAUAGAUUUUUCCACAACAUUUUGGUACUGUGACCCGGAUCCCUCGACUGGACAUCCGAGGACAUCGACAAACAGCGUUUGGCCAACUUGGACUAGACUCCAGCCUCAAACCUCGUUUAGGAUUUGAGAGAGAAGAGGGCUGUUUCCUCCACGUCUCCAGCGCUGGAAUCAACAAACUCAAAACCACUGUUGUCAUGUGGGAUACUAACUCUGGCUAACAAAUUAACUUAGCAAAUUCUAAAUUAUAAAAUAGUAAUAUAGAAUCCAAUAAACUUUUCACCCUGGGAAUUAGAGAUUGAUGGAAAUAAAAGGAAAAGUCAGGUUAAAGUUCCAGGAAAAACAAAUAAAUAAUAAUAAAAAAAAAUUAAAUAAAAUACAAAUAUAUAUAUAUAAAAGGGUUGUUUUGGUUUGAGUCUCAAAUCGGGUUAAAGUCCCACAGAGAAAAGGAACCUCUGGUUUCUUGGUUACAGUCUUAGUAAAAGGUGUUAUCGGUAAAUAUGGCAGGUAUUUUCUUGAGUUUUGGUUUUCUAAAUUGAGGGAACCAAACCUGUUGCCCUGCGACAGACUGGCGACCUGUCCAGGUGACCCCGCCUCUCGCCCGGAACGUAGCUGGAGAGGAACCAGCAACCCUCCCGACCAAGGGCGAACAGAAAAUGGAUGGAUGGAUGGAUGAAAAUUCCACAAGAAACACAAGAAAUUGGCGUGCAGUGACCACAGCGUUAAAACAUGGGUGAUGCAGUGUUUCCCCCAGAAAACCUGCUAAGCUCGGUUGUGAUGGACUGAGUUAAAAACAGGAGUCACAGGAUAUAUUAGAAAAAUAGGGGGUUGUUUGUAUUUUAACCCAAAAUACAAAGAUUCUCAAUGACAAAAGAUAAACUGAGCUCAUAAAAGAAGUCAAGGAAACAAAACUAAACUCAGGCAAAAAAAUGUGGCUGCACAAACAUAACUGACCUAACAAAGAAAUGACACACAGGGGUCUGAUCAGCCAGUAUAUAGGCACAUAUAUAAAUAGUAUAUGUUUAUAUACUGGCUGAUCAGGCCACAAUAGGGGUAACUAAAUACAAUUACAAAUAACACAAAAACAAAUAACAGUACAGCUAAGUUUGGCUAAAUUAAAGACUCAAAAAUUCAAAUCAAAAUUAUUAAUCUUUAAAUACUAAUAUUUACUCAAGUACAAAACUUAUCUAAACAAAGAAACUACAAAUUGUUCAUUGUGUUGUAACAAUUGCUUCUCUCCUGCUUGUCUCUGACGGAGGCAACCUGAUAGAGAAGUGAUUUCCUGCAGUCGAAAUUUAUGAGGUUCCGCAGAGAGUUGCAGCGGUAUUUCUGGAUCCUGCCGGCCCAUUGGUCUGAAGUGGCUCUGCUACCAUAAAGAGCUCGUUGUCCUCAUCACUCCUGCAGCUUGCUCCAUUCACUGCCAGGAAGCAGCAGUGAGAGGCACCUUCAGAUUUGCUUUACAGGGUGUGAAGAUCAAGCACAGCCAAAAUGUCUGAGGGAAAGAAAAUGACAUCGAGCCGCAGGCAUCAACUGAAGAGCCUGAUGCUGCAAAUUGCUACCAAAUGGCUCGAGGAGGAGAAGAAGUCAAUUGCAGCUGCAAAAGAGGUCUACCUUGCCGAGAACUGCCCACCACCUGACCUCAAUGGAGACAUGGAUGCCCUCACGGAAAUCUGCAAGCAGCUCCAUGCUGCCAUUGACAAGAUUGAUGAGGCGAGGUAUGAUGCAGAGGCCAAAGUUCAGAAGGCUGAUAAAGAGGUUGAGGAUCUGAAGUUGAAGGUGGUGGAUCUGGCUGGAGUGAAGAAGCCAGCCCUGAAGAAGGUGCGUAUGUCCGCCGAUGCCAUGCUGAAGGCUCUGCUGGGCUCCAAACACACUGUCAACAUGGACCUGAGGGCCAACCUGAAGCAGGUCAAGAAGGAGACCAAAGAGGAGCCAACAGAGGCGAUUGGUGACUGGCGUAAGAACAUUGAGGACAAGGCCGACAGGAAGAAGAUGUUUGAGUCCUCCUAAAACUCUGCAGGACUGUGGCAGAUGUUAGCAGGGGACACAGGUCUGACUGACUCAGUGCACCUCUGCAUCCCCAGUCAGGGCCCAGAGCAGAGCACUCUGUCUUGCUAUACUCCUGUGAGAGUAUAACUUCUAGCUGAGAAACAUCACAUCAGAAUGUACCAGUUUUCAUAAAAGCAGUAGAAAUAAAUGUUUUGAAAUAUGAGUAAUUUUGUUUGUUGCAGCUUUUAUUUACUUUAUAGAUCACAUCAUUCAAACUGACACACCUGUCAUUAUUGACAAAUAGACACAUAACAGAAUGUAGGAUUUACUAUGAUUGUUUCCAGUAAAAGAUAAAUUAAAUGAUUCCUCUUUUGGAACCCCCAACCAUUGAACAUGGGGGUUCUCUCACUGUUAGUACAAAAUGCCUUUGUCUCUGUGGACUAAAGGGAUCUUUGUGGUUUGGGAAGAUGCUUUUGUUCAGACUGUGCUGCAUUGAGGGAACACCACAGAUGCUUUAAGUGUUAUGGAAUGUGAGAGGCACAUGGCGAGGUUUAGGUAGGAACACAAGACCUGAAUGCCCCUGAAGCCCAAGUUUCAGGUUUCUACAUCACAAUAAUGGGUCGCAAAUAGGGGAUUAUAUAGUUUAGGCAAAUAUAAUUUGGCAGAUUUGCUAAUCUGGGACAUGAAUGUUUGGGACAUGAAUGUGGUGGAGGUAGAAGCACUAGGAGAAAGCAUGGACUGAAAUUCAUUAACACUGAUGUUGGCUUGUCUUCUACAGCUACCAGACAAAUGAGUAAUUAGUCAGUUAACUAUUGUACUCUGCUCACUUUCAAAGAAGCAACAAUUCACCCUUCUUAUAUCUGAAAGUUUCUAUGUGAGUAAUGUCUAGUUAUCCAUUGACAGUAAACUUGGUGGAAGGAGCUGUGAGCUCAGUCGGAAGACGGGGGCGGCUUGCAAUGGGGCUGGGCAGGGUGUAUUUCAGGAGCUCGCAGGGCCAUUGGUCUGACUUUGAAAUUCAUUUCCAUAAAGAGGUACUCAGCAUUCUGCUGAGACAUCUCAGGCCACCAUAUAUACGUAUUUAAUUUUUCUCUGUCCGUGGCUUUGGCAGUGUCCGCUUUUCUUCCAACAAGUGUGUCUUGUCCUCCUUCCCUCUCUCUCAAUAGAUUGUGAACUACAAACGCCUUCAAGAUGUCUGAG